CCCAAAUUAAAACGAAUGGAGCAGCAGGCUGCGUCCUCUUCAGCCAGGCGGCCGGGGUGGGUGCUGUUUGCAGCGCCUUUCCCAGCAGUGCAAACUUCCCGGGACCAGCGUGUAACCCCGCAGCCGCCUGUGUUUGCUAAAGGCUGCAGCCCGCGAGCUACAGGUCACUGGCUGGACGCCUGUGGCGGCACCGAAUGCGCCUCGCGCGCUAAGCCGGGCGAGGAACGCGCCGAGCAGAUUAUUGACAAGGAGAUUAACCCAUUUGUGGACAAAUGGGAAGAAGAAGGACAGUUUCCAGCACACAAAGUAUUUAAAACUCUAGGACAAGCUGGAUUCCUUGGAGUUAACAAACCAACAGAAUAUGGCGGCAUGGGCUUGGACUUCUCCUAUAGCAUUGCAGUGGCAGAGGAACUGGGAAAUAUCCGCUGUGGAGGGGUUCCUAUGGCUAUUGGAGUGCAAACUGACAUGGCUACACCAGCUCUAACAAGAUUUGGUUCUGAUGAGCUGAAACGACAGUUCCUUGUACCAACUAUAGCUGGAGAAGUAGUGGCUUGUUUAGGAGUCAGUGAACCUGGAGCAGGGUCAGAUGUUGCAAGUAUCAAAACAACAGCAGUAAGAAAAGGUGAUGACUAUAUCAUAAAUGGUGGCAAGAUGUGGAUUACUUCGGGAUGUCAAGCUGACUGGAUGUGCCUGCUGGCAAAUUCCAGUGAAGGACCCCCCCACCAAAAUAAAUCUCUUAUAUGUCUACCAAUGAACCUACCUGGUGUUCACAUUGCUAAAAAGAUAGACAAGAUGGGUAUGAGGUCAUCAGAUACAGCACAGAUCUUUUUUGAAGAUGUCAGAGUUCCCAGCAAAUACCUCAUUGGGGAGGAAGGAAUGGGCUUUACGUACCAGAUGUUGCAAUUCCAAGAAGAGCGUUUAUGGGUAGUAGCCACAAACCUGGCACCAAUGGAAAAUGUGAUACAAGAAACUAUUGACUAUACUCGCCAACGGAAAAUAUACAACCAGCCAGUACUGCAUAACCAGACAGUGCACUUUCGCCUGGCAGAAUUCGCAACUGAGGUGGAACUUGUUCGCUCUCUGCUCUACCAGGCUGUUGCGCUCUAUAUAAGAGGCAAUGAUGUGACCAAAUUUGCUUCCAUGGCUAAACUAAAGGCAGGUCGUCUAGCCCGUGAGCUGACUGAUAAUUGCCUCCAGUUCUGGGGAGGAAUGGGAUUCACCAAUGAGGUGCUAGUGAGCAGACUCUACAGAGACUCAAGAUUACUGUCAAUAGGAGCUGGUGCAGAUGAAGUCAUGCUUUCCAUUAUAUGCAAAUAUAUGGAAACUCUUCCACAAAAGAAGUAACACCCAGCAACAGUUACAUUUCUUCAUUUAAAAUUCAUGAGAGAUACACAGUAUAUUGAUUACAUACUGAAAUAAGCAAUAUAUCUCAGGUGAUUAAGUGAAAUUUUCUAGCAUUUAUGUCAAUGAUCUACUAGUGCCUUUGUAUA